AUGAGUUUGAAGGGUUUCCAGAAGGCAGCUGUUCGGGCGCCCCAAACAUUCAAGCAGAGAUUCAACGUUGGCGAGCACACCAAGGACGCUGUCUACAUCGAUUCAGAGAGACGAUUUCAGGAGCUCGAGAAGGAGACGAAGAAAUUACAUGAUGAAUCCAAGAAAUACUUCGAUGCCAUCAAUGGCAUGCUAAAUCACCAGAUCGAGUUCUCCAAAGCUGUGCAGGAAAUCUACAAGCCAAUAUCAGGGCGAGUCUCGGAUCCGGAUUCGAUAAUACCGGAAGGGAAUCCUGAAGGUAUCCAAGCGUGUGAGGAGUAUGAAAACAUUGUUAGAGAAUUACAAGCAACGCUGGCGCCGGAGCUGGAAAUGAUACAAGCAAGGGUAAUAGGGCCUGCAGACGAACUUCUCAACGUCAUAAAAGUUGCGCAGAAGUCGCUUCAGAAAAGAGCACACAAGCAGCUUGAUUACGAUCGGCACCGAGCUACCCUAAAGAAGAUUCAAGAUAAGAAAGACAAAUCAUUGAAGGAUGAAAAGGCGCUAUACAAGGCCGAGAACGAUGCGGAGCAAGCUACCCAAGAAUUCAACUACUUCAAUGACCUCCUCAAAGACGAGCUGCCUAAGCUGUUCCAGCUCGAACGCGAAUUCAUACGCCCGCUAUUCCAGUCGUUCUACUAUAUGCAACUUAACGUUUUCUACACGCUUCACGAGAAAAUGCAAAGCAUCGAUAUUGGCUACUUCAACCUUACCCUCGACAUCGAAGAGGCUUUUGAUGCGAAGCGGGGAGAUAUUCGAGAACAGACCGAAGGCCUUUCCAUUGUUAGAUUCAAGACAACAGGAGCGAAAAAAGCUGGACCCCCGAAGUACGGCCCUGGCAGUAAAAUGGCACUGGAGGGUCCAACCAGCCGACUGGCAAUAGAAGGAAGGAAAUCAUCCGAUGCCCCAACAAGAAGAUCUACCCACGACUUUGUGGAGAACCCACCUCCACCAUACAAUGCAUCUGGAUCCCCCAGCCUUAAUGGCGACAGCUCCAUGGCUCGCGCGAACAGCACCGGUAGUUCUUGGGGAGCAGCAGCCAAGGCCAAGGGAGCAGCCCCUCCUCCACCCAAGCCAAAGCCUUCACGAUUGGCUGGAGCACCCGCAGUCGCUGAUCGAGCUGAGGCCUUAUAUGACUACGAAGCACAAGCGGCAGGUGAUCUGAGUUUUGCGACUGGAGAUAUCAUAGACAUCAUAGAGAAAGGGGCCACGGAGAAUGAAUGGUGGACGGGGCGUCUAGAUGGCCGACAAGGGCAAUUUCCAGGCAAUUACAUACGAAUGCUAUGA